CUUAGUCAAAACUUACGAGUGACACAUCCAUUAUUUUUAAGUUUCUCCUAAAUUCUCCAGUUAGAAGCUACUUUUAGUCUUCUUUGUGAAUACGGGCCCUCAAACGCAAAAUGCAAGUAGCUUUGUGGGCGGAUCUCGGGCGUUGUUGCUAUUAUGCCGGCGGGAUAAAUGACUCUUGUGCCCAACGCAAAUCUAAAAUGGGUUGGUCUGAAGUAGCUACAUUACUCAUAGGUGUGGUUUGGGUGUAACAUACGAUAAAGCACUCACAGCGUCAUCUCACAUUCCCUUUAACCUGUUGAGUGAAUUAUUUAAGACAAUGUCGUUCCCCAGAGAGUGAAUGAUUUUCUUGGCUCCUUCUAGAAUUCUACGCGAACGUUCUAUAGUUUCAGUGUUCUUAAAAUUGUUUAAUGGCAGAAAAGUCCCUGAGAGUAAUUGUUGCGUCAUGUUAUAGAACCUUUUUCGAAAACGUUCUAAUCACAUAUCUGUGAUCGUACUCCCAGGGGCCCAGCUGCAUCUCAUUACAUAUUUGUGACCGUACUCCUCAACAGGUUAAAAGUAGGUGCGCUUGUUCCAUGGUGGAUUGCUAUUAUAAUGGCAGAUUUGCCAGGCGCACGCACGCCAGGAGCGGUUCACAGCUGAGGAGACCGACAUUCUCGUCGGGGCCGUAAAAGACAGAGAAAUGGCAUUGUAUAGGGAUGGGAGAAACCCACCCAAAUUAGCUUUGGUUAAACAGGCGUGGGAGGAAAUUGCCACAAUUGUUUCUACGGCUGGCAUCCCCAGGACAUCGCACCAGUGCCGCAAGCGCUACAACGACGUCAGAAGACAGAAGACAAGCUUGCUGGCAACCAUCGGACAGGCCGUAUAACUGGAGGUGGAUAUACUUCUACUCAGGACCUGACGCCAGCAGAGGACAUCGCUGCGUUCACCAUCACCACUGAAAGCAUGGGAUUUGGGGGCUUGGAAAUCGAUACACUAGCUGUCCAACCCCAAGUUUUGCAAGAAGAAGACCCUGGCUUCGAUAGCAAUGCGCACAGGCAGAGCAGUGCACAAGGGCCAGCUGAGGAGGGAGCAGCGCAAACACAAAGGUGCAGAGGAUCCAGACCCACUACACACCUUGGCAGCAUCGUCAGACCGGAGGACCACCCGUUCCAGCAGCUCCAGCGGGACAUGGGUACAGCGGGAGCUGUCUGGAAUGCGGCAAAGUAUUAAUGACCGUCUUGACCGGGUGGCGAUGUUGCUGCGGCGUCUCAGGCGCAUCCCCUCAAAUCUGGAGAGGAUUGCUGCAGCCAUGGUGCGUGGGCCUCCAAACGCACCACCUGCUCCUGUUGUGCCACUUCCUCCUCCUGUUGUAACCGUUCCUCCUCCUGUUAUGCCUCUUCCUCCUCCCCCCAUUCCAUCUCCGUCCACCUGCUCCACCAGGAGCACAUCGCGCAUUGCCAGGACCCUCACGUGUCCAAUCCCGCCGUAGCGC